AUGUCUCAUGGCCGUAACGAGUGCCGUAUCUAUGUCGGUAAUCUGCCACCCGACAUCAGGACGAAGGAUAUACAGGAUCUGUUCCACAAGUUCGGCAAAGUAACGUUCGUGGAUCUGAAAAAUCGCCGCGGGCCGCCAUUUGCUUUUGUGGAGUUUGAGGAUGCACGUGACGCUGACGAUGCGGUCAAGGCACGCGACGGGUACGAUUACGAUGGCUAUCGGUUAAGGGUCGAGUUCCCACGGGGUGGUGGUCCCGGUAGUUAUCGUGGUAGCCGGCAAGGUAACAGUGACCGCAGCAGCAGAGGCGAUCGUGGAAAUCGUGGACCACCGGCACGCCGGUCACAGUUCCGCGUGAUGGUAACUGGAUUGCCAUCGUCUGGAUCGUGGCAAGACCUGAAGGAUCAUAUGCGUGAGGCUGGCGAUGUGUGCUUUGCUGAUGUUUACAAGGAUGGAACGGGUGUGGUAGAGUUUUUAAGGCACGAAGACAUGAAGUACGCGAUCAAAAAGCUUGACGAUUCCCGUUUUCGUUCACACGAGGGCGAAGUUGCAUACAUUCAUGUGCGGGAAGAUUCUGGAAAUGACGAAAAACGUGAUUACAGGGACAGGUACUUAUCGUCGAAUGAUAGCAGAUCUUAUUCACCGCGCCGUCGAAGAGGAACACCGACCUAUUCACCAGUUAAGCGGAGCUUCUCGAGAUCACGUUCCCGAUCCUACAAUUGA